UCAGAAAGGCUGAGUGUGAACAUUCACUGACGUCAGACAGUGUUAAGGAAUGCUUGGCCUCCUUCCAGUUCCAAAGUGUAACGCAGCGUUUUGUCAAAGGCUUCACCACAAAUGACUCAUGAAAUACCAGAACACUUGUAUGUGAGAAGGAGAACAGUGGAGGGAAAAGAGAGAGGAAGAAAAACAUGCUUUAAGAGAGACAAGAUAGUGGUAAGCUUUUUAAAGGGGAAAUAAAACUGCCUUUACUGAUUAUUGCUGUGUUGAAGGCUCUUGUGACCUGUGGGUGACACUGGACACAUGUGUUCCACCAUGGGCCUGAGUUUAAUCCCUAGAAGACUUCUGUUUUUCCUUGGGACAUUUGGGAUUUGUUCAGGAUUUGUACAAGAGAACUGCACCAACUACGAGCUCCAAUUUGAGAGGGUUUAUUCCAUUCCUGGGGAUGUAGCUAUGCUGAACAGCACCCUCGUGUCUCCAGAUGUCUUCAACUUUACAACUGUGCCUUACAACAUCACCUGGUAUGACUCAAAGACAGGCCACGAAAUUAACAACCAGACCGGUCGAAUCCUGGUGCAAGAAAUGACUCUGUGGUUUCUCCAAACAACACUGGAUGACAACGGUGAAUAUGUCACCAUACUGAGGACUCCCUCUCGGUGCUUCAUGCAGACCACCAAACUAAUAGUGGAUCUACCAGUUGAUGGAGAAUGUGGGAGGCCACGGAAAGUUUAUCAAGCACUAACAAAGGGAUUCACUGACAAGGUGUCCUGCCCUCUGGAGGACCAAAUCAAGAAACUCAUGAGCUACAAUAUCACCCCUUCUCUCAAGUGGUACAAAGGCUGUGAGCCCAUAGAGGAUGAGACAGACAGAUAUACCUACUGGGAUAAGACCAAGCUAAGAAUUGACCAGGUGCAUUCUGAAGACAACGGCCUCUAUACCUGUACUCUGACCUUUACUCUUGGUGGGCUGAGAGGAUCAAUGUCAGAGACUAUCAACGCAUGGGUCAAAGCGGAGUACACUUUGACUCCACAAGUGCAUGAACCUGCCAAUGAAAUAAUCAAGACAGAGAUUGGCUCCAAUUUUACCAAACGCUGCCUGGUUUUUGUGCCCUGUGUUGGGAUACCCAUUGUUGAUAUCAUGUGGUUGGUGGAAGAUGAUUUCAUCUUCAGCACUGACCCUACAGACCGCAUCUACAUAUCAGAAACACGUGUGUGGAGCCAGGAUGAACCUGUGAAAGGUCUUUGGUUCGAAAAGCUGCUGAUGUUUUUGGAGCUGAAGGCGAAAGAUUUCAAUGUCAGCUACACAUGUCGAGCGUACAGUAACAGAGGCCACCAUGAAGGAUACUUCAUUCUGCAACCAGCAGAUCCUGACAUUUUACUACCUAUUGGAUUGAUGCUUUGUGGAGUGACGGUCAUCUUUGUUAGCAGUGUCAUCAUCUACUAUAUUUUUAAGGUUGACAUUGUGCUGUGGUUCAGAAGAGCAUUUCCAGUCUUCUAUCCAAACAAAGAUUUGGAUGGGAAGUUGUAUGAUGCCUAUGUGGCGUAUCCUCAGCCGUGUGCUGUAGGAUACAAAGAAGUGGAGGAGUUCGCCCUUCAUACACUUCCUCAAGUUUUGGAAAAGGCCUGUGGCUACAAACUUUUCAUUGUUGGCCGUGACUGUCUGCCUGGGGAGGCCAUGGUGGACUCAGUGGAGGAGAAUUUACAAGCCAGUCGCAGUGUCCUUCUGCUCUACACUGCCUCCACCUUCACCAGCAAAAGACACACGAGUAGCAUGAGCAGCAACAAUAACAAUACCAUCUCACAGAUCAGCGACACCGGCGAAAACUUGAAAAAUAAAACUAUGCACGACAAAAGCAGCAUUAAUUAUGACAGUGAAAAAGAAGUCUACUCAGACACAAGGCAGCAAUUUGAGUGUGUGGCAGCAAUGCACAGAGCGCUGCUGGAAGGAUCUCUCAAGGUGGUGCUUGUAGAGUUGGAAGAGAUCAGCCCAGCUCAGCUCGCUUUCUUCCCAGAGUCAUUGCGUCAGCUGAGGAAGAGGCAGGGUACUGUGUGUUGGUGGAAAACCACGAAGAGGAGACAAAUGUCUGGGACAUGUAUGAGGAGGACAGAAGACAAGGAUGAGGAGAAAGGUGGACGGGACACAAAGAUGGCACCAUCCCCCUCUCCUUCCUCUAGGUUUUGGAAGGAGAUGAGGUAUCACAUGCCUGUGAGGGGAAAGAGGGAAAUUUUUCCUGAGAAAACGGCCCUGCUCAAAUUAUGAAUGAGUUAUAGCUGUUUUUUAAAGACAAUUGUGAAAGGGAUUUAAUCCCCUCUCAUACAGAUAAGUUGUCAACAUAAGCUGUGAGUCAAAACCACAAGUGCUCCACUUGUGCUCUUGUCAGACAUGUCACCACCUUCCUGGUAGCAUCAAGCUGUUUUACUUUGAAAAAACCCACAUUUCUUUUGCCAGAAGAUUCAACAACUGUAUAUCUGAUGUUUAGGAAACAUCCCUGUGUUUGUGCUAUCGCUGAGGUUUGUGAACUGUUGAUAUUCUCUUGAAGACCGAGGUGGACAGAGAGAAUGACUUUGUUACUAAAAUGACUGUUAAAUUUGUAAAAAUGUACAUAUGUAUUAUAAAGACUGUAAAUAUGUAAAUAAAGGUGCUUAGAGAGUUAAAAGAA